AUGCCAUAUGCCAAUCAAUCCAUUGUCACAGUGAUAUCGUUCAACGACGAGGUCUUCAAAUUCGCCCUUGAGGACACCGACUUGAGCGUUGCAAACGCAAUCAGACGUGUGUGUAUUGCCGAGGUGCCGACGCUGGCCAUCGACUGGGUCCAGUUGGAGGAGAACAACACAAUGCUGAACGACGAAUUCAUAGCACAGCGUGUCGGCCUGAUUCCACUCACGUCUGACAAUGUUGUCGACAAAAUGUCGUACUUUCGUGAGUGCACCUGCCGGGAUUUCUGCAAAGAGUGCUCUGUAGAAUUGACCCUUGAUGUCAGCUGCACUGAUGACACUCCUCGUCACGUGACCGGUGCUGACUUACAGACCAGUAAUCACGAGGUACGACCUGUGCCUAAUCGGGACGAAAACGACGACUCAUCACUCUACGCCGGCCAACAAGAGUCAAUUCUGAUCGUGAAAAUGCGCAAGGGUCAGCGCUUGAAGCUCCGGGCCUUUGCAAAGAAGGGAUUCGGCAAGGAACACGCCAAGUGGAGCCCCACAGCUGGUGUUGGCUUCGAAUACGACCCAGACAAUGCUCUGCGCCAUACGUUUAUUCAGAAGCCCGAGGACUGGCCACGUUCGGAGUAUUCUGAGUUGAAGGACGAUCAAUUCCAGGCUCCGUACGAUCCGUUUGGAAAGCCCUCCAAGUUCUACUUCACCGUCGAGUCCUGCGGUUCAUUGAAGGCAAAGAACAUCAUAUUCUCGGCGCUGCGGGUUUUGAAGGAAAAGCUGACAACACUACACGAGAACUUGCCUCCUGAGUAA